GUCUACGAAUUCGAAAUGUGGAUAAUGGAUCACAGUGCCGGGGUGGAUGUGGUCCUUGGGAUGGACUUCAUGAUCCCGGCUGGAAUCUGGCUGGAUCUAUUUCAUGGCACCGCACGCCUUCCGGACGAGGUCAUGGUACCACUGCUAAAGUCGCAGAGUGUUGAAGAUGACAAACCUUACGGCACGCACCCUUCGUGUGGGCCGACCGAGGAUUUAUACGUACUCGCGGCUACCUCGUUCGGAGUACGAUGGUGGGUACGGCGCACGGAUAAGCUUGUGCCGACCGUAACGAGGCUCCGACGGCAGCAGCCGAUAUAUGUACGACUCACCAAUAUUACGGCCACAACGGCACAAUGUGCCAAGCACGACUCCGUGGUGCUCUGGGUACCGCAUGGUGAACUACCACGAGAGACCGGCAACGCGAGGUUGGACCCUAACAAGUGCAAGGAGUGGCAGGUGUUGGCAUACUCAACGAGCCGUGACGAGACUCUUUAUGGAAGCGAGCGAUGUCUCUAUGACCAAUGGCUGGCUAAACAGCCACCCGCGGUUGAGCGCAGGACUUACUCAACGCCGCGGAAGAUCUUACGGAGA